AUGGUUGACUGCCCGCCCACCUCCUCCCCAUGCAUCUCCUGUGACACAGCCGGUGCCGUGUGUACUCCCCACGAUGAUUAUAAUGGUUCCUACAAUAACUAUCCUCGGGGUCUCUUUUGGGCCCCUAGGGGAAAACAUCUAGUGUCCUACUUCGCUGACAAUACCUGUCGUAUAUUCGAUGUAGACCAAGGACUGUCUCAGCCUAUACGAACCGCGCAGGCCUCGGGGACCAUAACUGCAGUGGAGAUGUGCCCAUUAGGGGCUGAACCGGCUGAUUUCCACUAUGCAGUUUCGGUGAGAGAUCGGCCGAUUCACCUGGUCAACCUCCUCACUGGAGAAGUGGCCGCGAGUUACCAAGGCUACUCCCUCACUGAUGAGGUUAGAGCCGCCUCGUGUCUGGCUUUCUCCCAAGACGGCUCGCGUUUGCUCGGUGGUGUCGCGGGACAGCCUCAAGUGUGGCUGUGGGACCUCACUCGUCCAGGCAAGAGCGCCUAUCAUCGUGUCUUAUCAACUCGCAAAGGGAAGACCGGCCAGCGUGGGAUCGUCUCGGCAGCGGCUUGGGUUGAUGACAAAUGCUAUGCCUUGGGAACCUACAGCCGUUCUAUUGGUAUAUAUGAUGAACGCCAAGGGUCCAAGAGAAACGCCAAGUGUGUGAAGAUGUUGUCGGCCCCAGAUGGCGGUGGGAUCACCUCCCUCAAGUACGAUACUCUCACUGGGGACUUGCUGGGCAAAUGCUGUGUGGCGUCUUCGGGGGCUCCGUGCAUUGCCGCUCAGAUAGAGCCUGUCAGCCUCAGUAGACUCGCGGUGGGGACGGGGCAGAGAGUGUGGCCCACAUACGUCUCAAUGGGCGACGAUGACAACACAGAGUUGCUACAGCCCAAGACGGACAAUAGGGUAGCUGUAGUGAAUUUCAGUGCCCCCGAAGGUCUCCUCUCGACCACCUUGCCAGCUGCUGUCCCGACUCCUAUCGAGGCCCCGUUCCAGCAUGACCAGCCCAUCGUGGGUUCUGACUCGGAGGAAGCCGCGGCCCAGGUGUCUGAGCUGGCCGAGCCUCAGCCUGUGAUCAUACCGGAGGCUUUCAAGGGUCUACCGCCCCCACCUGGAGUGAUAGCGCCCCCUUGUAGUGCUCAAAUGCCCUGUAAUGAGAAUCAUGAAGACCCUGCUGAUUCCUCGCCUCUGGAGGGCCAAGCCGAGGCCGGACCAACUACUGCAAUCGGUGAUAUCGACAUGGCGGAUGCUACCGAGCCUUGA